GUCUAGUAUCGACUCUUUGGCCUGGCCCGCUACACAGCUUCUACUCUGUGAUUGAUUGUUUUGGUCUGUCGGUGUUUAAAAUGGCGGCGCUCGUGUCCUCUCCACGUGAAGUGUUUUCGGAAGCAGUGAGAGCGGUCUUAGAAACGUGGCCGGUUUUACAGAUAGCGGUCGAUAAUGGCUUUGGUGGGGUUUACAGCCAGCAAAAGGCCGACUGGAUGGUGGAUGCGGUCCAGCAAUAUUUUCACGACAACAGCGAUCUCGAGCAGGAUGAAGUGGAGGACUUCCUGUCUGAGCUGAUGAACAACGAGUUUGACACCAUGGUGGAUGAUGGAAGCCUGCCACAGGUGGCACAGAAGGUGUGUGUGAUGUUCCAGCAGUGUAAGCAGGGGAAACUGUCUGAGGUCAAACAGCAGAUCAGCCAUUUGGCACAGAAAAAGGCCAGCGGGAGAGCGAAGGUCACACCUGUUAAAUCCCCUACAGAGGAUGCAGGGGGUAGCGACGAAGACGAUGGUGAAGAGUCUAUGGAGUGUGACGAGGCAGGAGUGGGAGCUGCAGUGAAGCAGCAGCAGGUGUCUUCAUCUGCACCUAAAGAGGAGGAGGAGGAUGAUGAUGAUGAUGGCUGGACGGUGGUGCGCAAGAAAAAGUGACCUUUGGAGUACCAGAAAUGCCGUCAGAACGAACUUGCAAAACCCAAGCUUGAGGGAGUGGUGAAGAUGAGACUUUAUAUACUGCUGUGCUACCUGGUGGUAAAAAUCAUCAGAACUGUUGGUGCAGAUGUUUACCAAAACUGUUUUCUUUUAAUAUAAGACGCUCCAGUUUUCCUGGAUGCUUCACUGAUUUCCCAGAGCCCUGUGUAAGGUUGCGUAAACUCCCAUCAUUUCACAGUUCAUGUGUUGGUGCUUUCAUUACAUCUUGUCAUGCCCUCGUGUGGACACACUGGGCACUGCAGGACUGUGUGUGAGUGUGUGUGAGACAGGUAGAGAGACACGCUCUUCAGGGAGUCUCGCAUCACUUCAUCCUUUAAAAUGUUUAUAAUAGUGAUUUAUAUCUGUUGUGUACUGUAUACCGAGGAUACAGUAUAAAUAAUGAACAGUAUAACACUCAGCUUUCAGGAUGUACUAAAAGGAUAUUAAAUCCAAAUAUUUACAUUUUUUCACACGGGGGGGGGGAAUUGCUUCUAGCUUUUUUGGCCUUUCAGAUGUUCUUAUUGCAGGAUGUAUUGUAUUCUAUAUAAUGCACCUGUGUGUGAGAGAGAGAGUAACAGGAAUAGUUCCACUGUACUGCAUCAUCCCUACACCAUUUUUUUGUCUAAGGUUGUAGGCAUAAAAUACACCAUUAUACAAAAAUACACUAUUCGUUUGUUUUGCUUUACAGGAAAUGAUCACAUCAUCUGGUUUAGACUUCUCUGUCUGAGUAGGAAGAUUUUACGACGGUCAUGUGUAGAAUUCAGAAGCUGUUUGAAGGAUUAAAAAAACAGCAAGGUGGGCUUAUGUUAUUUUAAAAUGAACUGAUAAACCUUUGAUGUUUUUGCAAUAAAUUGCAGUUUCACUUC